GGGGCCUGGGCCGAGCCCGGCCCGAGGCGUUGCUGAGGGGCUCCUGUCGCCGUCCCUGCCCGCCUCCCUCUUCCGCUCGGUGCAUAGAGUUAAGGACCCACAAACAGCCAUGGACAGAAGAGGGGUGGGAGACACGGAAAAUGGCGAAGCCUUCCUGGACCUGAAGAAGCCACCCGCGUCCAAGUCCCCCCAUCGUUACACAAAAGAGGAACUUUUGGACAUUAAAGAACGCCCUCACUCUAAACAGAGGCCUUCGUGCCUUUCUGAGAAAUAUGACAGCGAUGGCGUCUGGGAUCCUGAGAAGUGGCAUGCAUCUCUUUACCCAAGCUCAGGGCGAAGUUCUCCAGUAGAAAGCUUUAAGAAAGAGCUGGACUUAGAGCGACCUCCUCUGAUGCGAAGGACAGCAGAUCCAAGAGAGCGGGUCAAAGAAGAUGAUUUAGACGUUGUUCUAAGUCCCCAGAGACGCAGUUUUGGAGGCGGCUGUCAUGUCACAACCUCUGUCAGCUCCCGCAGAUCAGGGAGCCCAUUGGAAAAGGACAAUGAUGGUGUUCGAAUGAUUGGAGGCCGUAGGAUCGGCAGUGGGAGGAUCAUCUCUUACAAAGACCACCGUAGUGGGGACAAAGAUUUGAGGGACUGUAGAGACUCAAGAGACCGGGAGAGAGACUAUAAGGACAAGCGUUUCCGGAGAGAGUUCGGUGACAGCAAACGUGUCUUUGGGGAGCGCAGAAGAAAUGAUUCCUAUACAGAAGAAGAGCCAGAGUGGUUUUCAGCUGGACCCACAAGUCAGUCUGAAACCAUUGAGCUCACUGGCUUUGAUGACAAAAUUCUGGAAGAAGACCAUAAAGGGAGAAAAAGAACGCGGCGACGUGCCAUGUCUGUGAAGGAAGGAAUAGUUUCAGAAUACAAUGGAGGCGUUGCAGAAGAGGAUGAAGUGGAGGUCAUUCUUGCCCACGAGCCCGCUGCAGAUCAGGAAGUGCCCAGGGAAGCAGUGCUGCCUGAACAGUCGCCAGGAGAAUUUGAUUUUAAUGAGUUCUUUAACCUUGAUAAGGUGCCAGGCCUGGCCUCGAUGAUAGAAGAUGUUCUAGGAGAAGGUUCCGUCUCUGCUAGCAGAUUUAGUAGGUGGUUUUCCAAUCCCAGUCGAUCAGGAAGUCGAUCCAGUAGCCUUGGGUCAACGCCGCACGAGGAAUUGGAGAGACUUGCAGGUUUGGAACAAGCAAUUCUAUCCCCAGGCCAGAACUCAGGAAAUUACUUUGCUCCUAUCCCAUUAGAAGACCAUGCUGAAAACAAGGUGGACAUUCUAGAAAUGCUUCAGAAGGCCAAAGUGGACCUAAAGCCCCUCCUCUCCAAUCUUUCUGCCAACAAGGAAAAGCUGAAAGAAAGCUCGCACUCAGGGGUUGUGCUUUCGGUGGAAGAGGUGGAAGCUGGGCUCAAGGGCCUGAGAGUAGACCAGCAAGGGAAGAGUGGCCCACCCUUUCUGGCUGAGCGUGCAGAGGAGGCCCUGAGUGCCGUGGCCAGCUCCCGGCCGCUCACAAAAGACGGUGACAUGUCUGCCUUUAACAAGCUCGUGAGCACCAUGAAGGCCAGUGGCACCCUGCCGUCCCAGCCCAAAGUCAAUCGAAACCUUGAAAGCCAUUUGAUGUCCCAUGCUGAGAUUCCAGGGCAGCCUCUCCCUAAGAACAUCUUACAGGAGCUUCUGGGUCCACCAGUUACAAGACCUGCUUCUUCUCAUCUCCUGAGUGGCCUUAUGGGGAGUCUGGAGCCAACAGCAUCCUUGCUGGGCCAGAGAGCCCCCUCUCCUCCCAUUUCACAGGUGUUUCCAACUCGAGCAGCCUCUGCAGACUACUUGCGCCCUAGGAUACCCUCACCCAUUGGUUUUGGACCCAGUUCUCAGCAGUUGCUUGGAGAUCCAUUUCAUGGAAUGCGCAAAUCAAUGAGUCCUGUUGCUGCCCAGAUGAGCCAGCUAGAGCUGCAGCACCCUGCCCUGGAGGGACUCAACCUGCCCCAUGAGGUGGCCAUGCAGGCAGCAGCCAGCUUUUACCAACCUGGCUUCGGCAAACCCCAAAUGGACAAAAGCAGAGACGGCUUUAGGAACAGGCAGCAGCGUGUGGCCAAGUCGCCAGCCCCUGUGCAUCGUGGGAAUUCUGCAUCUCCUGCUCCCGCUGCUGCUGUCACCAGCAUGCUAUCUCCUUCCUUCACUCCUACCUCAGUGAUCCGCAGGAUGUAUGAAAGCAAAGAGAAGAACAAAGAAGACCCUAUUUCUGGAAAGCCAGCCAGUGAUGGGAAAGAAGAAGGCCAGAGGGCAAAUGAAGAAAACCUUCUGUUGAGUUCCAUGGCGAAUUCUGACCGAGACACUUCCCCUACCAUGAACCCGAAACUCUCCACGCUGCAGCGAUCUGCAUCUUCCACCCCCCUGUCCCAGGCCAGCCGCUACACCAAAGAACAGGACUAUCGGCCUAAGGCAGCAGGCAGAAAGACUCCCACCUUGGCCUCCCCGGUGCCAGGGGCACCUUUCCUACGUCCUGUCCACCAGGUCCCACUUGUCUCCCAUGUUCCAAUUGUUCGGCCUGCCCAUCAGUUUCACCCAGGACUGGUCCAGAGGAUGCUGGCCCAGGGGGUCCAUCCUCAGCAUCUCCCAACUUUGCUUCAAGCUGGUAUGCUUCCUCCUGGGAUGGACUUGUCUCACCUGCAGGGAAUUUCUGGCCCCCUCCUGGGGCAACCCUUUUACCCCCUCCCUGCAGCCAGUCACCCUCUCUUGACCCCUCGCUCGGGGACCCCUCUGCAGCUCGCAGUGAUGCAGCAGCAGCUGCAGCGGUCAGUCCUCCAUCCCCCAGGCUCUGGCUCACAGGGAACAGCCAUUGGUGUCCAGACGCCCCCCCAGAACCUGUCGGGCCGGCCGGGCCUGCCCCACAUUCCCCCACAGCUGGAGCACCGCCCCAGCCAGAGGAGCACCUCCCCUGUGGGCCUGGCCAAGUGGUUCGGCUCGGACGUGCUGCAGCAGCCCCUGCCCUCGAUGCCCUCCAAAGUCAUCAGUGUGGAUGAGCUGGAGUAUAGGCAGUGAAGCCGAGCAAGGAAGGGGCGGCGGGCGCCAGGAGCACCCGGGCUCCUGGCUGGGGCUCCAGCAGGACCGGCUGCUCCCCAGCUGGGGCUGGCUGGGGGGCUGGUUGGGGGCGCUCUCUGCCCCGCUUUCCAAGAACCUUUGGCGAGCCAGCGUGGCUGGGGAGCGGAGCCCCUCGAGAUCAGAGGGUAGGUGGCCCGGCCUCGUCUCCAGCCUCUCCAGAGCCCUUUUGUCUUUGUUUUUGUUUUUUGUAAGAUAUGUGAAUGAAUGAAGUGCAGGUGACCUCGCCGAGAGGUGGCACCUAAGGGUUUCUUCUGCAGAAAUAAAUGUAUAGACCCUCAUGUACAGACUUGUGUAUAAACCACUUUUGUACAUACCGACAGGAUGGCUUUUUUGGAACUUAAGCUGUACAUAAAAGUAGCUGGACUCCGUUAAGCUUCGUUGUGUCUGCACUCGGGAACUUUUCGUUUCAUGUACAUCCAGGACUUUUCUUCCUUGGGUUUUUUCCCUCUUUUUUUCCUUUGUUUGAUUAAAGUUGCAUAUGCCAAGCGUGUGAGUGGAAUGAAUGAAGUAGCCCUGCCUCCUCUCCUCCUCCUCCCAGUCUGUUUGGGUCAGCCUCAGCCAGCUGGGGAUGCGGUGGGGCAGCAGCUCACUUUCUCUGGGGAGGGAAGGGGGAGCCCCUUUGUUACAGGGACCCUUUGUUCCGGCUGAGGAUGAAAGCCUGCUGGGGGCGCUUCCCGCUGACUUCAAGGACAGCCACUGAGAGAAGAGGAAGGAUGACAUCCGCCUUCAGCCCCUGCCCCAAGCCUCCCGAGUCUCCAGUCAAGAAUCAAGUCAGAACUGGCCCUGAGGGAUGGAGGGGGUCUCUUUGGAGGGUCCCCAGGGCUCCUUGGUACUGCCGCUUCCUGGUAGACCGCCGCCUGGGCCCGGAGUCUCUCGAUGGCACGACCCAGCCCUUUUUUAGUAUUCAAAGCAGAACUAGUCCUGUAGAGGAAUGUGCCGCUGAGCCCCGUGUGCCGUGCUGUCCUGUGUAAGGUCAUUUUCCUCAUUGUCUGUAAAUAAAGCCAAUUCGACCAG